UACGUAUCCGACUUCCUGGAAUCGAAUUUUGCAAAAUCGAUUCGCGACCGUUUGGUGAAGCAUGGAGCACGAUGGAAACAUGGCGCUGAGGGGGCGCUGGAAUUGAAUGACUCUGUUGAAGAAAUGAUUAUUACCGAGAUACAUCGAUUGGAUGACACUAUUUCUCGGUUCAAUCCGGAUUGCACAUCACUCACAGGCUCGACAAUGAUAGCAGCAAUAAUGGAAGGUAAUCGUUACCUGAGUGUUGUGAAUGUGGGCGACUCCCGAGCCGUUGCUUGCGAUUCAGAAAACCGAUUAGUUGCACUGAGUAAAGACCAUAAACCGGAUGACCCUAAUGAGCGAAGGAGAAUCGAAAAUGCAGGAGGGUUCGUAUGUCUAAACGAAGGAACAUUCAGAGUACAAGGCAUACUUGCUGUUUCCAGG